AUUAAAAUGAAUAACCAUUCCUCCAUUUCUGAAUUCGUCCUUCUUGAAUUCUCAGCAACCUGGGAACUGCAGAUAUUACACUUCCUUUUGUUUCUGGUAUUAUAUUUAGCAGGUGUAUUAGGGAAUCUUCUCAUCAUCUCUGCAGUUGCUUUUGAUCAUCACCUACACACUCCCAUGUAUUUCUUUCUGAUGAAUUUGGCCAUUCAGGAUUUAGGCUCUGUGUCAGCUAUCAUACCCAAAUCCAUGGCCAAUUCUGUUAUGAAUUCCAGACACAUUUCUUUCUCUGGAUGUGUGGCCCAGGUAUUCUUCUUUGUAUUCUUUGUAGGGUCUGAUUUCUUUCUUCUCACAGUCAUGGCAUAUGAUCGGUAUGUUGCCAUCUGCAAUCCUUUACAAUAUGAAAUAGUAAUGAACAAGCAAGCUUGCAUACAAAUGGUGGCUGCUGUUUGGAUUACUGGCCUCAUCUAUGGUGCAUUACAUACUGGAGGCACUUUUGUAGUUCCUUUUUGCUCCAAUAUUGUCUAUCAAUUUUAUUGUGAAAUCCCACACUUACUAAAUCUCUCCUGCUCUGAUUCAUACCUUGUUGAAGUUUUUGUUCUUGUAAUGAGUGCUGUUAUAGAGCUAGGAUGUUUUGUCUUCAUAAUUAUUACAUAUGUGUUGAUCUUUAGUACUGUGCUAAAAAUCCCCUCUGUCCAAGGAAGGCAAAAGGCCUUCUCCACCUGCCUUCCACACCUCAUUGUCUUUUCUAUAUUUAUAUUCACUGGAUGGUUUGCCUAUUUGAGUCCUCCUUCUAAAACACCAUCUUUGCUUGAUCUAGCCUUAACAGUGAUAUACACUUUUGUUCCACCCCUGAUGAAUCCCGUGAUCUAUAGCAUGAGAAACAAAGAGAUCAAGACUGCCCUAGCAAAACUAUUAAUUACAGUGUGUUCUUCCAUUGAAAGAUCUUUUGCUAGUUUUACAUAA